CCAAGGCUGCGAUCUGUAGCAAGUUGCAACCCACUGGAGUUGCGAAGGGGGAGUGGGGGAGGCGCUGAUGGGCUCGCGGGACAGGCUGACCUGUCAAGGCUGUUGUGCAAAAAGGAGGGAGGGGGGAGACCCCGCCGCCGGAAGGCACCUCGUGCCAGGAGGAGGAGGAGGAGGAGGAGGAAGAGGAGGAGGAGGAAGAGCAGGCGCGGCUUCCCACCCAGACGAGAAGUGCAAACUUCUGGCGGCUGCUUGGCCGGUGGGUUUCCAUUGGCUGGGCGCCCCCGGCUCCCGGCUCCUCCUCUCUCUCUCUCUCUCCCCCCCUCACCCCUCUCCCCCCACACCCGUGGGUGCCUUCCUCCUCCUCCUCCUCCUCCUCCUCCUCCUCCCGCCCUUGACUCGCGAAUCGCGAUCGCGGGGAGGGACCAGCGAGAGAGGAGCGGCCGCGCCACCCUCGCCACUCCGGAUCAAGCUGGCGGGACUUGCCGGGCGCGGGGAGAGCGGAGCCUAAGUGCUGUUGCUAACUAAAGCGGAGCUUCUUCGGAUCUUAGCGGGAAAGCGGAGCGACUCCGGAUCGAGGGGCCCCAGACGGAGCUCGGGAACUCGGGAAGGAAGGAAGGAAAAGAGGGAAAGAAGAAAAGAAAGAAGGAAGGAAAGAAAGAAGGAAGGAAGGAAGGAAGGAGGCGAGCGCGCCCCGGUCCCCCCCCCCAAAAAAACCUUUGCAAACUCUCCGCCCGGGCGCAGAAGCUCCGUCCGGGAAGAAGGAAGAUGCGGCGGCGGCGAGGGCUGCGGGAGCCGGAGAACAACCCGAGCGACUGCUCCGUUUCCUAGCCCAGCCCGUUGACCAGAAAGCAUCUACCGAUGGCGGAGAAGCGGAUUUUGGAAGCCGUGAGCACCAUGAGUUACGGCAAGCUCCCUCGACUGGAGAUGGACCCAACCCACGUCCUCCCGGUGGGUUUGUGCCGCUCGAGUAGGCUGCCCGACCUCCCCAUGGAAGACCAUUACAGUUAUAAAGGCUCCUAUUUUACUUUCCCGCUCCAGUGCCACGAAGCGCCCAAAACUUUAACUCACUGGUCGGCUGCCGAGAACUACAGCCAUUGCCCGGCCAGUGCGCCUGGCCACUCUCCAAGGACAGAAAAAGCUACCUGCCAAUCUGAAAUGGAAGGUUUGAAAGCCCGCCAGAGAUUUCCGGGUUCUGAGAAGGUCAAUGAAUGUAUCGCCCGUGAACGGUGGGCCAGCUACGUGGGUCAUACGGGCGUCAUCCAGCAAGGUUGGCUCCAGGGAUACCCAGCCCAGCAGCUCCCUCCAGCUCCUGCUGCUUGCUCCACUUUGGCAGCCCCCAAACCGGUUUACCGAAGCCACGCGUACGGGACGGAUUCGGGCUGCCCUCCCAAAAGGGCUCUGACCUUCCGAAUGCAGAUGGAGAACUACUCAAAACGUUUGGAGUGGUCUUCCCCGUCCUCCGUGUUGCCCACUGGUGCCGAGAGUCACGGUUACGGCACAGCGGGAUCCAAGAAAACCUUGGCGGCCGAGAACAGCGCGGUGCAGUUGCGACAAGGGUCCAAAGAGGGCGCUGUUCACUCAGCUGGCUUCAUGCCUUACCAUAAGUCAUUGGAGAAAUGCCAGAGGACGCAGAAUGGCUCUUCCUUGGAUGCCACUUACCCUUCUGUAAGUCAGAAAAGCAACUUGGAGUCCCCAGCGGGUAGCAAUUCCAGAAAACACAUGUGGUCCAGGCCACCGCCGUCACCUCUUCCUCCUCCUCCUCCUCUUCAUCCUUCCAGCUUGCUGGUGAAUCGCCAGGACCUGGCGUACCAGGAGCAAUCCCCCUCAUGCUACCCUCUAGGAUCGUAUCCUCUGACUUCUCACGAACAGAUGUUGUUGUAUCAUCAGAGCUACGUGCAAGCCGAAAAAACAAACUCGGUCUUUGCUUUGGCGGCCUGCAAAGGUUUUGGGUCUCCAUCAAGCCGUGAAGAUGGCCAGAUGUUCCCCGGGUCAUAUUUUCAGCAAACCUCUCACAGCUAUUAUCCCGGGCAUCUGGAGAGCUACCUUUACCAGGCGGUGGGCCCACCUCCAUUGACCCCCUCUGAAGAGCUUCACUCUUCAAGGGAACACGAGCACCCACAGAACGCGACGGCCAAGGUGGACUUCACCCCAAAGACUCCUGUUUCUGCCUGUGCUGUGCCUGAAAAGCCUGCUCCAGCUUGUAAUCCUUGGCGCAGCCGAAGUGGCCUUCCAGACUGGUGUGAGAGUAGCUGUGUUGCAAGAGAAGCCAGUACAAAUUCUUCAGGUCUACAAGCUUUCCCUUCCAUUCAUCCAGUAGACCGGCUAUCUCAUAGUUACAACAGGGUUGAAAAGACGGAGGAAAACGGUUGCAAGAAGGAUCUUUUCCCGCCAGAAAAGGUGACAGAGGAGAAGGAGGAAUCUUCCAAGACACACAAAAAAUUCUCCUUAACUUACGAAUCUAGGAAGAGGAGCAUCACCCCUCACAAAAAUGAACCGGGGAGCUGCAUAAUGAUUCCUGAUAGCCCGAUUGUCUCCCACAAUCCCUACUCCAAACCAGCCCUGCCCAAAAAUGUUCUGAAGACCCCCAACAUCCAGUCUACACCUCAUGGACAUUGGUCCCCAGAGGAUCAACCGAAGGGACUCCAUGAACGGCGUGAAGGUCCCUUGACGUCUUCUCCUCCCAUGCCUGUCAUCAACAACGUCUUCAGCUUAGCUCCAUACCAAGCCUACUUAGAAGGUUCUGCCGAUUUGGUGGAACUGGACACCGCUAAACGUUGUCAGGCCGAGGAGUCGCUUCCCAAAGGCAGAAGCAAGAGUGUGGAAAAUGGAUUUGUGCCAUGGACAGGCUCUCAAAGAUCAACCGGAGAAUGCAGGCUGGAUCUGCCGAGGGAGGAAGGGUUCCCUCGCAAUACCGUAAUGAAAAGUGGAGAUGCUGACGUCAAUAAAAACAGUCUCCCAACAGGGCAAGGGGGUGGAGAUUAUGCUGGCCCUUGGGAAAGCUUCAAGGCCAAGCUUUUGAAUCCAACCGAUCCUGCGUCUUGCCAACCAUCCUCUGCCAGUCAUUCCAAAGAUAGAGUUGAGAGACUUACUCAAGAAGACCAUGUCUUGGACCUCAGUUUUAAAACUGAAGACUUGGUGGCAGAACGACCUGAUCUUCCACAGCUGCCCAAAAAGGCUGAGGCUCCAGACGCUGGAGGUCCAAAGAUCCAAGGUGAAGAAGUCAAAGAAAAAGCAGCCGACAGCCAGGGCUCCAAGGCAAAUGGAGAGACCUCGGUGCUGCCCAUCAACAGUGAUUCUAGAGGCAACCGGCAUUUUCACAGCUCCGCGGCGUUUCUGUUCAAGAAAUUCAAAAUCCUAAAAGCUCACGCGGCAGAAGCUGCCUCUGGAGGGGUCAAGGAUGUCUCUCCCCCAAAACGGACUGACACACAGGUAAAUCAGCCAAACAGCCCCUUGGUUGGGCCCAGUCUUCCCCAGAGUGUGACGCCAUCCUCCGAAACUCUGAUUUUGCAGAUCAAAUGCUUGAAUGCUCAGUUGCCCAAUGCUUCAACGCUCUUAUCUCCUAGUGUCCCUCCUGGCUCUUCUCCUGCCCUUAGAGAGAUCCAGGUUCUGGAUCCCGCCACUGAAAAACUUCUUGGUCAGCAGAAAUAUUCACCCAGGCAAUAUUUCACUGUGGUGCAUACCUGUGUCUGCACUAUAAUAUCUGGCGUGGUGUCUACCUCCUCCCCUGACCAACUCAAGGAAUGGCUGGAGAUGGCCGAGCCCACCGUGGAGCUGCAGGAGAAGACCGUCAGUUCCACCAAACCCAAAAAUGGUUCAAAGGUCUCUGAAGGCCCCAAGCUCUCCAAGGGCAAAGAGAUCUGGUUGGCCUUUAAGGGCGUAGAGGUGCUUAUCAAGAAGCUGCAAUCUCAACUGGAGAUAUUCCUGCUCUAUAAUAAGUGUCCUUUUCCUCACGUGAUGCGUGCUGGUGCUACCUUCAUCCCUAUUCAUGUGGUGAAGGAGGAACUCUUCCCCAAUCUUCCUGGUGUGUUGGUUGACCAUGUCUUGCAGGACCACAAGGUGGAACUGCGUCCUACCACCUUGUCUGAAGAGAAGGCGUUGAGGGACUUGGACCUCAAGAGCUGUACUUCUCGGAUGUUGAAGCUGCUGGCCUUGAAACAGCUGCCGGACAUUUACCUGGACCUCUUGACCCUUCAUUGGCACGAGUGUGUCAAGGAGCAGCUUGAGGAUCCUGCGAAGUCGAUCCCAAACAGAGAAGUUGAGGCGUUAGGAACAGAUGCAACCACCGAGUCUCUUGACCAGGACUUCCCAGAGAAGAGCACCAAAGGCAAAACAUGUGGAUUGGCAGCCUGUUUUGGGACUACGUCCUUGCAUUAUGAGACUAUCCAACCAGAGGAUAAAGAGAAGACCCUGGCCAGAUGUUCAUCACCUUCCCUACAACGUGGUUGUGUGCUAAAGGGGAGGAAGGUGCUUCCUAAGGAAGACGCAGCCUUGGAGACCAAGGGACUCACUCUUUGCCCUGGUGCUAGGAGGCCAUCCCAUAAACAGCCAAGGACUCUUGAGCUUAAAUUGACUGCGAAGGUCGCUAGGAGGACAACCAGAGCUUCCAAGAUCCUUCACCUCCGGAAAUCCGUGGUUCACAUCCAAUUCCAGAAUGCUCUUCAGGACAUUCAAGGACCUCAGAUUCUUGGUCCUUCAGGGAAGGGGAAGAAAGUCCCACCACCGCUCCUCCUAAAGCGUUUCAAGCAUCGGAGACACAGUCGUGCCAAGGUUUCUUCCUUGCCCUCCGAGUAUCCAGAACUUGUUGGGAAGAGGAUCAGGCACUUGUAUGAGGAGAAGGACAAGACAGAGGCCUGGUAUCAGGGCGUGGUACUUCGUGUUCACAAGCCCCACAAGAACCCUUUGAAGACAGUUUAUGAGGUGAAAUAUGAUAGUGAGCCAGAGUGGCAAUAUUACCUCGAGAUUCUGCAGGAUUAUAAGAACGGUUGGGUGGAGCUGGAUGAAUGAGUAGAUGGGUGUGGGUGUGUUUGUGUGCUUGUGUGUGUCAAAUUGAGAGAGAAGAGGGGAGGUUUGAUUCAUCCGGCUGUCUUGUCGACACAGCUAAAACUAUCAACGGGCUUUUCUACAUCUCGCACAGCUUCAUCCUGAGACACGUUGGCUUAAGUUGACUUGGACCCGAUUCAGAUCAUCAUCUUGUGGUCCUCACCACCUCAGGGCUCCAUAACACUUUCCAGAAACCACACGAUGGGAGUAGCUUUCAAGGUUUGAACAAUGUUUUGAACCACAGCUGAGCUGGGUUUACAGAAUGACUUCCUGUUGUCCCAACUGACACCAGAAGUGAAAUAUGAAUCUUACGGUACAUUUUACAGAUCUUCUCCAUGGGUGGGGCUCUCAGGACAUCCCAAGAAAUUUCCCUGGUGGGCCCCAUCCCCUGUCCUGAAAUCCAGCUUGUUCCAGAGGUAGCGAGUUUGUUCAAUUCCUAGAGUGUCUUUAGAAUGACGCUUGUCCAAGGGCAUUAUGGGAUAGCCAUGAUUUACGUUGCUAAGCAGGGCAGUUGUUAUAAUCGAGUCACGUCUGAUUCCACCACCUUAUUGCUGUGGUUGUUAAGUGAGUCACUGCAACUUUUUAAGUGAACCCAGCUUCCCUGGUUGUCAGAUUCAUUUAGCGACUGUAGGCUUCGCUUAAGAAAUGUAGAAGGGGAAAAAAAGGUCAUUUAACAACCACCUUCCUUAGUGACAGAAAUCCUGGUCCCAAUUGUGAUAGCAACUCAAGGACUACCUAUAUAGGCCUUUUUUUAAAAAUAAAAAAAAAAGAAAGAAAGAAAAAUUCAACUUGAGGAAGUCCUGUAAGCCCCCAACCCACUUGAUGAAAUACAGUUCAAAGAAAACUACAUUUUUCCCUCUAUUUAUAUAAAAAAGGACCUGUAUUUUUUAACAAAUGACACGACCAGCUUUAUACACUUAAAACCGUGGAACCAAACCACAUCUGUAUGUGUUUCAGUUUUGAUUUUUGAAGGGCUGUGCUGUUUCCCCCCAACCCGAGGGGCAUAAAUAUGGCACAUUUUAGAAAUGUGAUUUAUUUUGCCUUUAUAAGGAAUUGCUGCUGGUUUCAAGGGUGUUUUGACUUUCUUUUCAAGAUAAUUUUUUUUAUAGACUACCUGUUGGAGACUUUUGUCCAUGACCUUGGUAAAUGUAAUUUUCAAUACCUGAUUGAUGUUCAGUUUAAAUGACUUUUUUUUUUGAAGCUCCAAGCGCUUACUAUGCCUUAACAAGAAAAAAAAGAAAGAAGGAACGGGAAGGAUAAAACAUGGAUAGUUCACGCUCCUUUGCAGGCCCACAGGUCAAAAUAAUAAUAAUAAUAAAAAGAAGUUCAUUUCUGAGAAAUGAAGCUUGGAGAAUCAAAACGAAGAAGAGCAGGGAAGAAGAAAAAAAAAUAUUGAAAUAUUUCUAAAAGCACCUGCAGGUUACUGUAUUUUUCGGAGUAUAAGACACACCUUCUUCUCCCUAAAAGUGGGUGAAAAUUUAGGUGUGUCUUACAGACCGAAUAUGGGCGUUUUUGACCUCCUAAGCCCCCAGAAGCACUCUGCAGGCCAAAAACGGGUCCAUUUUUGGCGAAAACAAGCCCGUUUUUGACAAAAAAAAUAAAAUAAAAAAUGGGCCGUACGGAGCACUGCAGAGAGCUUCUGGGAGCCUGGGAGGGCAAAAACUAUUUUUUUUUCUUGUUUUCCUCCUGUAAAUUUAGUUGCGUCUUACAGUCCGAAAAAUACGAUAGUUUCUAAAAAGCUGAAAUGAGCUGGGGACAAGUUUGGAGGAUGUUCCUCUCCUAUUUUGCAUCAUAUAUGUUGAACACCAGGAGAGAUGAGCUUGUGGGGGCACCUGCUCGACAGGUCCAUUCCACCAAUUCUGGCCAAAUUGAUAAUAAGAGAAAGAAUCGAUGUUAGUUUUACAAACCGAAGAAGGCCUCAUAUAUUUUGAAUGUACAGCUGGUGCAGUUUGGAUCCUUUUUGCUCCGAGGAUGGUUGUGUGUUUCCACCUGCUUGUUUCAAAAGUUGUGUGUGUCUCUAUGUCGAGCGUGCAAAAGCCAGAUGGGGUGGGGUCCUUUUCCCUGUCCUUGCUCCCCUUCCUCCCAGGCGAGAAAGCAAAAUGAAGACCGAUUGUGCCCUGCUCUGCCAAAGAGAAACGAAUGCAUCAUACUGUAAAAUGUUGUACAUAAACCGGGGAGCCUAUUUUUGCCUUUUUAUUUAAUUUUUCUCUCCCUCCCACCCCCCCCCCACCUUUUUGGUCGGGAUGCAGUUUUUAAGAGGUGCUUCAUUAAAAUUAAAACCACCGUUUUGGAAGUGGUGA